AUGGGCUCUGUCUCUGUGGACUCUGAGCAGGACGACCUCUUCUCCAACCUGGAGGACGAGUUCCUUGCCGCCGAGGACAACGAGAGGGAGAACGAGAACGACAACACUGUCGACAAUGACCUCGAUUCGCUCUUUGGGGACGCUGCUGAUGAUGAUUUGCAUUCGCUCUUUUCCGAAUCAGAAGACGAAGACGACCAACAAAAACAACACCCAGCACCACCACCAUCACAGCUGCAGCAUCAUGUCUCAAAUCACACACAAGAGCCGGCGCCGGUCGAGUUGACGCUGCCCCAACCAUCAGCAUCAACAACCACCGGCACUCAACCGAGCCAACAACCCCAAGAUCACCACCACCACAACCAGCAGCAGCAGCAGCAGCAGCCUCUACCGUCACAAGACCUACCAACGUUAAGUCUUGCCGACCUUACCCAUGACGAGCUUGAACUCCUUGAGGCCUUAACCCCGCCUUUCACGGACGGCCAUGAUGAGUUGGUCGGUCAGCAGGAAGGACAAUGUAUGCCCAGUGCCCCUGAUCCGCCUGCAAGUCCCUUUUCGCUUCAGGAUGGACACACUUCAGGUGGCCCAGCGGUUAGUACUCAGACUCCUUCAGAUUCGCCCCCCGAGCCCGCCCUAUCAAUGGAGUCGUUGGAUUGGUUGGAGGGGAUCACGUUUGACGAGGCAGACAUAGAGGCUGCUAUUGCACAGAUGGAACGGCCAGAGAACUUACUGGAUGGGAUGAUUGACCAAGUCUCAGACCCCUGGCAGGGCGAAGGCUCUCAGCAGCAGCCUCAACAACAGUCCAUCUCGCAAAAUCCCUUCGAGAUCCCUGCACAGGCCAGUGUUCCAAACUCGAGUCCUCCCCAGGAUAACAGCCUCUCGCAAACACAGGAGCCCUCUGUCGGCCAUCCCGUGGGUGAUGCCUUACCGCAGGCCAAUGACCCAAACCUCCUCACCCCUCCAGCCAGUUCCCCGGAAAACACACCACCAGCUCCUGCGGACAAUCAGUAUAUACGAGUGAGCGACAUCCCCGGUUUUCGGUACAGUCACUGCUACACCAACCGAGGAACAACUAUCACGCGGCGUGUCGAUCUCCACCCGAACCAACUCCCGAUUCUUCUGGACUACAUAACCCUUGAUAGGAACUCGAGAUUGUCGGUACUGUAUCGACGCCUUGAACUCAAUGAUUGGCAGGGCAAAGACCUCAACAAGGACAUGAAGGACUUUGUACUGAAUACCCCUUUUCAACACCUUGUACACCACAAAACUCAGGGUGAUGUGAGGGGUAUGAAGAAUAUGCUGGGAGGUGCCGCAUAUUAUAUGCUUACGACCGGUUGGGGAGAGAAGUGGUUCGGUUCGACAGAGUGCUAUGUCUCGCCUGGAAAUAAGCGCCAAACGAUAUGGCCACAUGACUCGACCAUCAUUAUGGUCCAUUUUAUGGGGCUCCUCUACCGCAUCGUCUAUCAGCAACAAGUCUUCUUCCGAAAAAAGGAGAAGGACGCAACCAAAAACAGCCCGAACGCUCUGCUAUCGCCUGAACCCUCUGAGGCAUCUGCAUCUUCACCUGCGCCAGUUACCGAACUGGAAGCGUUUUCGCCGGGAGCGAGCACUGCCUCUCCUAUGCCAGAAACGGGCUCCGACGGACCAGAGACAUGUUCCAACGGUUCAGCCACGACCGCAACGGCGACCUCUACCAGGGCAUCUAGCAUCAGCUCGCAAAAUGUGAUGCAAAGUAUCGAGAUUGGGACGCCGGUUGCUCUAGAGAUAUCCAGCAACACGACCACGGCAGCAGCGAUCGAGACUCCUCUCAGUACUGUUGACCAGAACGCUCGACCAACGGAAACGGAGAUCACGGCCGAAUCUAAACUUGCCGUAACUCCUGUAUCCGCCCCCGUCUUAGAGCCACGCGCGGCUUCUGCCGGCGUCGUUUCACCAGUUUUAGCAAGCAACACCAUCCCAACUCCUGUCGCUAGCAUUACCGUGGCUCCUGUCGAGACGAGGAUGCCAUUUAUCACGACCAACACCACUCAAACCGGCACUUCAGUUCCCUUAGCUGCCGCUCCUACCACCACCGCAGCGCCUAUUCAGACGACUGUUCCAACUGCCAUAACCACCACCCAAAUCGAGACUCCUGUUUUCACACCAGCAUCCGUCAAUACAAACGUACCGAGUACCACGACGGGUACCGGUCCAACCGCGACUCCUAUACCCGCUUCUGUGCCUGUCAACACCAGUAUGGAAAUUUUCACAACCAGUGCUUUUGCACCAACGGUCACCCCAACCGCUACCUCAACCGCCACCCAAACGGACGCAGACAUCAUCACCGGCACCCGAAAGCGCCCUCACGACGAGUUCGCCAAGGACUGCGAGCAAGAAGUAGCCCGACAAUCAACAGCAGGCCCAGCCCCAGUCCCAGCUCUGGCCCCAAUCCCACCCUCAAUCCCAUUAGUCGCGGUUCCGAUCCCGGCCCCUGGAGCAGCCUUUGUUCUCGACGUCCCCGAUGACGCCGACCUUACCUACCACGUGCACAUGAAGAACCGUUCCACCAACGAGGACGUCAGUCCGCCCGUGACGUACCAUCAUCCCCACGCGCCUAUUGUGCGCAGUGGGUUUUACUCGUACAUCAUGAACACCAUCGGGACCAUUUGCGGCAGAACUAGCGUUUCUCCGUACAUCCAUGUCCUGUCGGCCGGCUGUCCAAGGAACGUGAGGAGCGAUGCUGAUUGGGAUUCGGUGGUUAUGGAUGUGUAUAACCAGAAGCUGGCGGGGAAGGAGGGGCCUGUGCUGGUUAUGUGUUAUGUUUGA